ACAUCCUCGGCUGGGCAUAUCCGAAUCAAUCGCAAUUCGCGAAACAUCUUACUCGAAUAUCCUCCGGAAAACAGCGCUGCUGGGCAUAUCCGAAUCUAUCGCAAUUCGCAAACCUUCGCAGUCCGCUGACUCCAAUUCUCUUUCAACUCAUGUAAAACCCCGGCCCUCAACUUCAGCCCUUUAUCCAUCUCUUCAGAUCUCUUCAUCACCAUGGCGGUGUCAACGCCAACAACCUCCUCAUUCUCCUCUCUCCCCCACUCUUCCUACCUCCUCCCUCGCACUCCCUCUUGUUUCUUACCUUUUCCACCUAAAGCUCUCCAUUUCCGCUACCAUUUAUCCUCUCUGUCCUCUGAGCCGCUAUCAUUAUCCUCAUCAGCAUCUUCAUCUUCUUCGCCGCUCUGCCGCGUCUCCACUGCUCCCCUCGAGCAAGCCUCCGCUCCCGGCUUUGACUUCGAGGAGGAAAUCGCUCGCCUGCACUCUCUAAGCUUGCAUCUCCGCAAGGCCAAUACCCUCCGCGACAAGCUACGAGUGCUCGACGCUGAAGAUAGGGUUAGGGAUUUCUUCGGUUCGGGACAGGAUUUGUCUUCGCUGGAUAUGAAAGACGAGUUCCUUAUCAAAUGCCUCGUUUCCGCCGGACAGGAGCACGUUCUUGGCUCGGAGCUGCAUCGUGGUCGCGGUGGUGUAGGGCAUCAUGGCUUGAGAAAGGCAUUUUUUAUGCUGGCGGAUAUGAUUGAGAGGUGGAAUUUGGAUGGAGUUGGAGUUGAGGUUGAGGAUGAUGGUAUUAGGAGCGGUGGAAUGAGAAAGCCAUUGGAGAAGCUGCUGAAGACUUUGAAUGAUGUUGAAGAGUUUUAUGACUGUGUUGGUGGGAUUAUCGGAUAUCAGGUACUGGUAUUAGAGCUUCUUUUACCUCUAACAUCAAAAGAGAAAUCUAAUUGGUUUUCUCGCCUGAAUCUUUCUCUCAAAUGUCAACUCCAAGAAUUUCAUUUUCCUUCUGGAGUUAAUCUCUUGGAGAAUGCUGAAUAUGCAUCUCAAGCAGUUUUCUGGGGAUUAGAGGGCUUGCCAAAGCUAGGUGAAAUUUAUCCUCUUGGUGGUGCUGGGGAUCGGCUUGGUGUGGUUGACCCUAUCACUGGUGAAUGUUUACCUGCUGCAUUGCUUCCAUACUGUGGAAGGACUUUAUUGGAAGGCUUAAUAAGGGAUCUUCAGGCUAGAGAAUUUCUUCACUUCAAAGUUUUUGGUAAGCAGUGUAUAACUCCAGUUGCUAUCAUGACAAGUUCAGUAAAGAACAAUCAUGAGCAUAUUUUGUCGCUUCUUGAGAAACAUGGAUGGUUUGGGAGGGGCCGGCAGAAAUUUAACCUUUUUGAACAGCCGUUGGUGCCAGUUGUUGCUACUGAAGAUGGCCAAUGGCUGAUUAACGAACCUCUCUCCCUAGUCUGCAAACCAGGCGGUCAUGGUGCAAUAUGGAAACUUGCGUAUGAUAAAGGCAUAUUUCAAUGGUUCUACAGUCAUGGAAGAAAAGGUGCAACCGUACGACAAGUCAGUAAUGUUGUUGCUGCAACUGAUGUAACCCUCUUGGCCUUGGCAGGAGUUGGGCUGAGGCAUGAAAAGAAAUUAGGUUUUGCUUCCUGCCAAAGGAACUUUGGAGCGACGGAAGGCAUUAAUGUACUUGUUGAGAAGCAGAACGAAGAUGGACAGUGGACUUAUGGUCUGACUUGUAUUGAAUAUACUGAGUUUGAGAAAUAUGACAUUAAAGAUGUGCCAGUUUCACUUAACAGCUUGCAGGCAGGAUUUCCAGCCAAUACGAACAUUCUCUAUGUUGAUUUAAGGGCUGCAGAGGAGGUUGGAUCUAGCAAAAGCAGAAGCUGCUUACCAGGCAUGGUACUGAACAUAAAAAAGCCAGUUACAUAUGUGGAUCAUCUUGGGAUUCAGCAUAGUGUUUCUGGUGGUAGAAUUGAGUGCACCAUGCAAACUAUUGCUGACAACUUUCUAAACACGUAUGCUUCACAGCGCAACAAAGGCAUUGAGGGUUCACUGGACACUUUUAUUUUAUAUAAUGAAAGGAAGAGGGUUACUUCAUCAACUAAAAGGAAAAGAAAAAUUGCAGACACGUCAUUACAUCAGACUCCGGAUGGUUCUUUUCUAGAUGUUAUACGGAAUGCUUCAGAUCUGCUUUCGCCCUGCAAUAUAAAAAUUCCCGAGAUUGCGGACAACAGCAAGUAUCUUCAUUCUGGGCCACCUUUCAUCAUUCUUCUCAAUCCCGCAUUAGGUCCACUUUGGGAAGUUACUAGACAAAAGUUCUUUGGCGGAUCUAUUUCUGAAGGUUCGGAAUUGCAAGUAGAAGUGGCUGAGUUCUUGUGGAGAGAUGUUCAGCUUAAUGGAAGCUUUCUUAUAAUUGCUGAAAAUGUUAUGGGUUCAAUUAGAAAUGAGCAUGGUGAGCUGAUAUUGCACUAUGGGCACAGAUGUGGUAGAUGCAAAUUAGAAAAUGUUAAGGUUUUGAAUAGAGGGGUUGAUUGGUUGUCCCCAAAGAAUGUCUAUUGGAGCCUGGAUAUUAAGAGGUUUGAGAUGCUGAAGGUUCUUCUACAUGGUAAUGCUGAAUUUGAGGCAACCAAUGUUGUCUUAGAGGGUAAUCAUGUGUUUGAAGUACAAGAUGGAUACAGAAUGCGGGUCAGUUCAAGUGAUGCGGGUUUUGAAGUUAAAUUGGAACUUAUAAAAGAUGAAAUGAUGGACACUGGAAGCUGGUUUUGGGAAUACAAGAUAAACGGCUCCCACAUUCAACUACAAAAGGUUGAGCUUCUGGCACUCUGAAGAUCACUUCUGCCAUUUUCCUUCAGUUGUGGCUUGCGGAUUGCUACCAAGUAAUUUGCUCACUUCUGCUAAUUCCGUUCUUGAUUGGCAAACAGUUCAACUUCUUGUUGUGCUGUUGCAAUUUGAAUUUAUAGAGCACGCAUACCAUUUAGUUGUGGGGCCGCCAUUAGUUUAAAAUUUGUGAUAUAAAUAUAAUUGGGUUUAGUUGUUGAGUUUGUAAAUUAGUAGUUUCGAAGGUGUCAAAAAUGUUGCGAAGUGAAAAAAAAUUCACUCGUGCAUUAUAAAUAAUUUGAAUGUUUCUCAUGACAUUGGAGAAGAUACUAAAUAAGCAAAGCAUGGCUCCUUUUUUU